AUGGAAAGGCAUCUUGCGAAACAAAAGACAUGGGAAGCUGAGUUGAAGAGGCAGUUUAAACCCAUGAAACCGAUCGCAAUCGGAUGUAUCUGGGAUGGUCAGAUGCCGGCCAUUUUGAAACAACUAGAAGCAUGUUGUUUGCUUGCUGAAGGAAGUAUUGAUCCUACGUACAUGAAGAAAGAAUAUCAAGAACAUAUUACCCCAAGUCCGAGUACAACAUCGCAUUGUAAUACAGCUAUGCCUGUACCAGAAGAAG